GUGGACAGGCGAAGCACUAGUGCACACAACUGGAAGAAUACGAAAGAAACAGUUUGUUUACGUAUACUAAAAUUAACUUAUAGUAUGUAGUAUAUACUCAUUCAGUAUGUAGUAUACAGUAUGUUAGAAUGGGUAUUCGAACACAGCUAAACUGUUCCAUGACAACUGCCCCUUGAAGCGAGAGAGUCUCUCGCUCUCUUUCGCUUUAGGUGCCUACCUAUCCUCAUCAGCUUGCUGAGCGUAAAAGCAGCGCUUGGUGUCUGUCGCCGCGUAUUAAAUUACAUCACGCUUCAGAGUUCCUCUCCGGGUGCACGAGCUCGAACACUCCUGUCCCUUCAUCUUCCUCCUCCUCGUUCCUACCUCAGCCAACGUCCACAGAGCAACACCGACUUUGAGAGGAAGUUUCCCCGGCAGUAUUGAGGAUUGUGGGCGGAAGGUGAAAAGAAAUAAAACAUUGUUCCUUAAAGGACCGGGUAAAACCUUCAAGCUGAAUUCGUCUGGCCUACUGACUAUGCCCCGGAGUCCCACGUCCAGUGAGGAUGAGAUGGCCCAGAGCUGUUCUGACUACUCCGAGGACUCCGCCUCUGACAGCUCCCGUGAGGAGACCAUCUACGAGACCAUAAGUGCCACCGCUGAGCCGACCCCCAGACGCAUGGACGACAUACACACUCACUCCCUGGUUGUCCGCGUCCUCAUCCCUGACCUGCAACAGACAAAAUGUAUGCGGUUCAACCCUAACGCGACUGUGUGGGUUGCCAAGCAGAGGAUCCUGUGCACGUUGAGCCAGAGUCUGAAGGAUGUGCUGAACUACGGCCUCUUCCAGCCCGCCAUGAAUGGACGUGAUGGGAAGUUCCUGGAUGAGGAACGCCUCCUCCUGGAAUACCCACAGCCAAUCAGCAAAGGAGUUCCAACUCUUGAGUUCCGCUACAAGAGACGAGUCUACAGGCAGACCCAUGUGGAAGAGAAGCAGAUUGCCAAACUUCACACCAAGGCCAACUUGAGAAAGUUUAUGGACCUCAUCCAGCACCAUCAGGUGGAGAAAGUAUCUAGGCUGCUGGAGAGAGGGCUGGACCCCAACUACCAGGAUACAGAGACCGGUGAGACCCCCCUGACAUUUGCGGCCCACCUGGAUAACGUGGUGGAGAUUAUAAAGGUUCUGAAGAACGGAGGGGCUCACCUGGACUUCAGGGCCAAAGAUGGCAUGACGGCCCUACACAAAGCUGCUAGGUCCAAGAACCAGGUUACUCUGACGACCCUGUUGGAGCUUGGUUUGUCUCCAGACUAUAAGGACAGUCGGGGUCUGACUGCGCUCUAUCACACAGCCAUGGUGGGUGGAGAUCCGUUCUGCUGUGAGUUGCUGCUACAUGAACACGCCACCGUUUGCUGCCAGGACGAAAACGGCUGGCACGAAGUCCACCAGGCUUGUCGGAAUGGCUAUGUCCAGCACCUGGAGCAUCUGCUGUUCUACGGGGCGGACAUGAGCGCACAGAACGCCUCAGGGAACACAGCGCUGCACAUUUGUGCUCUCUACAACCAGGAUAACUGUGCCAGGGUGCUGCUGGUCCGUGGAGCCAACAAAGAGGUGAAGAAUUACAACAGCCAGAGUCCCUUUCAGGUGGCCAUCAUUUCGGGGAACUUUGAACUGGCCGAACUGGUCAAGAACCACAAAGAGACAGAUAUAGUGCCUUUCCACGAGGCCCCGGAAUACUCCAAGCGGCGUCGGGUCCCUCCCUCUACCAGCAGCAGCGGUAGCUCCCUGGCGGCCGCCCAGGUCCUGCUGCGCUCCAACAGUGAUAACAACCUCACAGUGAGCCAGGGGCCUCCCCAGGACUGGUCCCAGCCCCAGGGACCCCCCCAGCACCACGGAUCCCAACACAGAGGGGUCGAACCCCCAACUUCCACCUCUCACCGUAGCCUCUCUCCACAGCUGCUCCAGCAGAUGCAGGGGAACCCCAAUGGCACUGUGAGGACCAUGGGCCAGAGGUCCCGCAGUACCAGCGUGGGGGUGGUCCCGCGGAGUCGGUCCCCGUCCCUCAACCGGCUGGGAGAGGAGGCCUGCAGGCCACAACCGCAGACACAUGUACAGACACAGCAGACUCAGCACAGACAGCCCAGCCCCAGUGGUAGUGUGAAGGUGGUGGUGCAGCGGAGGAAGCUGUACAGUGCUGUGCCAGGUAGGCACUUUGUGGUGGUCCAUUCCUACCAUCCACAGGCCGAGGGAGAGAUCACCCUCUACAAGAACGACAGGGUUAAAGUUCUGAGUAUCGGAGAAGGGGGGUUCUGGGAAGGCAGUGCCCGGGGCCAGGUGGGCUGGUUUCCUGCGGAGUGCGUGGAGGAGAUUCCUGCCAAGCCCAGCGAGGAGAGGACGCACACAAGAGCUGACCGCUCGGACAGGAGGAAACUCUUCAGACACUACACUGUGGGGUCCUACGAUAGCUUUGAUGCCUCCAGCGACUGCGUGGUCGACGAGAAGACGGUGGUCUUGACCAAGAAGGAGAAUGAAGGCUUCGGCUUCGUGCUGCGAGGGGCCAAAGCGGACACGCCCAUCGAGGAGUUUACUCCCACCCCUGCCUUCCCAGCCCUCCAAUACCUGGAGUCGGUGGAUGAGGGAGGAGUGGCCUGGCAGGCGGGGCUUAGGACCGGGGACUUCCUCAUCGAGGUGAACCAAGAGAAUGUGGUGAAGGUGGGCCACAGGCAGGUGGUCAACAUGAUCCGUCAUGCAGGGAACAGCCUCAUCAUCAAAGUGGUAACGGUCAGCAGGAAUAUGGACCCUGAGGAUACCGCACGUAAAAAAGCCCCCCCACCGCCAAAGAGAGCCCCCACCACCGCCCUGUCUAUGCGCUCCAAGUCUAUGACCUCUGAACUGGAAGAACUAGAUAAAGUGGACGAGGUGUCACCUUCCCAGAAGGCCGUGGACAUGAAGGUGGCCACCAUUAAGCCACGCCCCUCCAGCCGCUGUUUGGUCACGCCUACUGACAUGAAUUCCAUGUACGACCGCCAGGGUGGAGUGGCAGUGGUACCACCCACUGUGCCAGGCAGUCCUAGAGGGGGGGCAUUCCUGGGCAUACUUGCCAAGGGUGGCACCAUGAGGAGACAGAAGUCCAUAGGUAUAACAGAAGAGAAGGCACUCCUCACCCCUCCCCCACUCAAGUUCACCCGCAGCCUCUCCAUGCCCGACACGUCCGAAGACAUCCCCCCUCCUCCGGCCAUCUCCCCCCCAUCUCCCCCCUCCUCCUACAACUCUCCCUCUGUCUCCCCCAUGCCACAGGGCUACGGCACCACCCGACCGGGCCUCACCCUCAACUCCGCUGGAAAAUGUUCCAACGCCACUACCCUUGGCAACCGCACGGUAGAUGUAGGGACGCUAAGGCGAGGUUAUCAUCGCCAGAGCUCAGAACAGUACGAUAGUAGAAGCCGAGGACGGGCGCCCGUGCCAGAGAACCCGUACUCGGAGGUGGGCAACAAGGCACUGUACGUGCCCGCCAAGCCGGCAAGGAGGAAGGGCAUGCUGGUCAAGCAGCCCAAUGUGGAGGACAGCCCAGAGAAGACCUGCUGCACCCCGCCCUCAGGCGCCAUUUCCAUGCCGACCACACCCACUGAGAGGACCUUCUCGUCCAUUCCCAUCCCCACCAUCAUCGUCAAGGAGCCGUCCACCAGUAGCAGUGGAAAGAGCAGCCAGGGCAGCAGUAUGGAGAUCGAGCCAACCACGCCCGAACACCCACCCUUAACGCCCGGGGCAGGGGGCAGGGGGCUAAGGCCUGAAGACCCCAUUGUCAACAACCCCUUUGCGGCUGCCAUCGCAGGGGCAGUGAGGGACCGGGAGAAGAGGCUGGAGGCGCGGAGGAACUCGCCUGGCUUCCUCUCCACCGAUAUGGAAGAUGAGGACUUGGGAGACCCCACCCCGGCCCCGCGGCUACGCCAGUCCAAGUCCAUCGACGAGGGUAUGUUCAGCAACGACGAGCACCUGCGGAGGAUAAUGGCACCCCCGCCGGCCACCACCCUGCUGCGGUCCCAAGAAGGGGGUGACCGUGGCGGUAACGUGACAGACUUCAACACCCCUGAGCCCACCCAGGUGGUGAGGGAGCCUCUGACCGCACGUACCGGCCAGUACCCCAACCUGGACAGCCCUGUCAGUCUCCCGGCCACCACGCCCAAGACCUACAGCUCAAACGGAGGAGGGGGCUACCUGCACCCCAUCACGGGUAAUGCCCUGGAACCUAACUCGCCCCUCGCCCUGGCGCUGGCGGCCCGGGACAGAGCCAUGAAUGAGCAGACGCAAAUGCGAUGCCCCCAGUCCCUCCCCCCCAACCCCCACAAACCUGGCCUCAAUCAGCCCCUCUUCAUCGAUACCAAGCUCCGCUCCAGCAUUGAGCCAGGCUUCGUGACCUCCACGACAACCAUGGGGCGAGGCAUAGGGGGGGGCCUGAAGAGGCAGAUAACUGAGCAGAAGUACGAGUCUGACGGAGGGAGGGAGGAGAGGCAGCAGGCGGCGGAGGAUGUGAAGAGCAUACAGAUCGACGUUGUGGACAAGUCACAAACGCAGAAAGUGGCCGGUCUGCUGAUGGUGCACUCCAAAAACAGCCCAGAGGAGGAAGACAGGGGACAGGAGAACACACCAGCCCAGGACAACAGCAUCCCCAGCGAACUGAGAGACCAGCCAAACCCCCCCACCAACAGCCACAGUACCAAGCCCCUGCCCCCCGUGCCGCGGGGGAAGACCAUCACGGCUGGGGGUUCGGUGGACGAGCCAGUCAAGCUACCCUUCCGCAUGCCCCCUCCCCCGCUGGCCUCGGUGGACAUUGAGGAGGUGGAGGAGUUUGUCUUCUCCGAGCCCCUGCCACCGCCGCUGGAGUUCGCCAACAGCGUCGACAUCCCUGAGGACCAGGCAACGACCAUCGCUGAGUUGCUCAAGCAACGGGACCAAGAGAGACGCAAUGGAAUGGGAACCAGGGGGCCACAUCCACCCCCCUACUACACUCACGCCCCGACCCCUGUCGGCCAGUUCAGACGAGGGAGUGGGAUGUCCAAUUGCAUGCCCCCACCCUUCUAUCCCCCUCCGCCCCCCGACGUUGGCUUUGAGCAAGGUGUCACUGACUCAAGCAUCGAGGAGGUAGACAGUCGCAGAAGUGGAGACCCCCAUAUAGAGACUACCAGCACCGUUUCCACAGUUUUGAGCAUCUCUGUACUGUCGUCAGAGGGCGGGUACAACAGCGCCCUGGAAAACACUUCUAUGGUCUAUACUGACGGCCAGGCUUACCUCGACGACCGACCCCCCGUUCCCCCCAAGCCCAAAAACAAGCCCGUCAUCAACAAGAACACUGCACUUUACCACAACGUCCUCAUGGAGGAAUCCCUGGACUCCUUUGGGGCGCCCCCUCCUGUCCCUCCCCCUCCACCCGGGUCCAUAUCCCCCCCAGAACUCCCCAGGACCCCCCCCCAUCGGUUGUCCAAGUUGUGGGGCGAGCCCCCGGAGCUAAGGAGCCCACCCACGCCCGACCCCAAGGCCACGGUUAUCAACGAGCUGAGCUCCAUCUUAUCACAGAUGCACCGGCCCAAACCGGGGGACUCCCUGGACUCACCCACCACAGGGGCCAGGGGCGGCUUUGGAACCAGCUCUCCAGCCACAGGAAGCCAGCGGAACUCCACCGUGUCUUUCAGCCUGCCCCCCUCCUCCUGCACCCCUCCUUCGAGCCUGCCCCCUCACCUCUGCAGCCCCCCGGACACCUCGUCCCUCUCCUCGCCCCCCUGCCCCUCCUCUUUAACCCACUCUUCCUCACCCAGCCUUAGCGACCUUUUCGGCCUGCCCACCCUGCCCAUGGAAAGUGUGAGAGGCUUCGGCAGCAUGGGCGGUAGCCUUGGUGGAGGGUCCUCGUGCGGUGGCUCGCGCUCCCCCUCGCCGCUCACCCUAAUGCAGGCCAUAGCCACCUCGGGCAAGCCCUUUGCCUCCAAGCCCGUGGAGCUGUGGAGCAAGCUGGACGUGGCCGACUGGCUGGACAGCCUGAAUCUGUCGGAGCAUAAAGACGCCUUCCUGGACAACGAGAUCGAGGGCGCCCACCUGCCUUCGCUGCAGAAAGAAGAUCUGAUUGACCUGGGGGUGACGCGGGUGGGCCACCGCAUGAACAUCGAGAGGGCCCUCAAAAUGCUGCAGGACAGAUAAAGCCAGGGGGUGUGGAUUUAUCUGGAACACUCUCUCUCCUACCUGUUUUCCUUCUCAGUCUUGGAAAGUCUGGGACGAUUUAGGAAUCGGCCUCUGACUACUCCCUUCUUGCCUCGCCUCUGUGGCGUGUUUGUGUUUGAUCGCUCCCAUUCUGCUUCCCGAGUAUCAGGGGAUGUCAGAAUCCUGGAGGAACUGCUGGGAAUAGCCUGGAGAAAGGCGGCGUUCCCGAAUCCAGAAUGGGGAAAGACUGGAAAAAAUCCUGCAUCUUUUUAAGGAUGCUCAUGAUACAAAAGACCACACUUUGGAAUACUCUUGAAACGUAGCCCUCAAACACUUUGAAAUACUGAUAGAAAUCAGUGUUGGAAUACUCAAUUCUUUUUCAAGCUCCCCCAGUGCGGGUGUUUGGAACCAGCUGAGCUGGUUGGCGCUCCUUUUCUAUCUUUGCUAGAGUUUCUUCAGAGAAUAUUUCUUCACUAGAGUAAAACCGUGGGUUAUGUUUAUGGAUGCAUCUGACGUUGUAGAGACAUUUGAAAAGCAGACCUUUGAAAAACAUUAGAAACGAGAACCUUUGCAGAAAUGUUUAGCUGAAUCCUAAACCAUAUCACUCGCUGCAAGCAAAUACGCACACGCGCACACACACACACGCACACACAGAUCCGACGAUGGCCUUCUCCUGGGAGAGAGAAACAUGAUGAUGUGUUAGUCACUCUAAUGCAUGGCUGGAGGGGCUCCACUGUAGCAGGCGCCACUGUCCCCUUCACAUCCCUGUUCACUGUGGAAGAUGUGUGUAUUUGCAUUUUGUCAGAGACAUGUUUGUGACGUACGUGUGUGUGUGUGGCGCGCUGUGGGAGGUUUGUUAAAUGUGUUUUUAGAAAGACAUGAGUGAGAGUGCAAGGUCUAGAUUCUGUCAGCCUAUUCAAGGUGCAUAUUGCAUCUCACAUUCCAGUGUUCGAACUUGUAAACAGGGCUGCAUGGGAUUUAUCUUAAUGCGACUCCGUGCAGCCAAAAUCAAUGUCCGUUUUAGGUAUAAUGCUGGGAGCCGCUUGUGGAUUUGACAGCUCUAACACAGUUCCACCUCCGACACCGCAAAAACAACAGCUACGCGGGUGUUGGAUGGCAUGAAUCUGAUAGAAUCUAGCCCUAAGUGUUGGCAUCGUGUGUUGUCAUCAUCUUCCACACACUUGACAGCGACCCCGACAGGAGUGGGAUGCCACCCCCCUACACCCUACUGCCCAACCAAUCUCCCUUCAGGCCUAUAACAGAAAAAAUCCACCUAUCACAACAACUUGGGGAAACACAUUUUUCUGCCAUAAUAUCGCCAUCUCUCUCUUUGUUCAGCCAUCUUUAAUCAUUUCUAGUGAUUCCUUUCGCAAAUCCCAUUUUGAAAGGAUGAGCGCAAAACAGACGUUACUUGGUGAUCUCUGUUAACGUAGGACACUGGUUGACUAUGUGCUUGUUUUUAGACAGCUCACCUACAGUAUACUGUGUAGUGCAGGGGCCAAGAAUAAUAUGAAUAAUAUUCAUUCACUCAAAACUCAAAAAUGUGGGCUCCUGAGUGGCGCAGCAGUCUAAGGCACUCCAUUUGAAUCCAGGCUGCAUCACAUCCGGCCGUGAUUGGGAGUCCCAUAGGGUGGCGCACAAUUGGCCCAGCCUCGUCCGGGUUAGGCCGAGGUAGGCCGUCAUUGUAAAUAAGAAUUUGUUCUUAAAUGACUUGUCUAGUUAAAUAAAGUUACAUUAAAAAAUAUAUAAUAAUAAUAAUAAUAAAUCUACUACCCAGACAUUCACACAAUCACUGAAGAGGAUUUAAAAAAAGAUUUAUAGGAACGUUUACAAAGUUUGUGUAUAAUCAGUGUUUGCAUCGUCGAUGAAUCACAGAACGUCAUUAUUGACAAGAAGAGGUGUUAAUCCUACCUGGUGUUUCCAGAGGGAAGAAAAUAGGUGUGACACAGCAGCACUAACCGAGCAGGCUUUAGAUUAUGCAUUUGGUCCCUGUUCAUUUGAGAAUGAGAGGGCGAGUCCUCAGUAACACUUUACUUAAGCAUGCAGGUAUAACCAUUUUGUAAGGCUUGCUUAUAAAAAGUUUUAACGUAUUAUUACUACAUACAGGCUUCAAGUAAAGUGUUACUGAGUCAUUUUCUCAACACCAGUGAUAAGCUCUCACACCAAUGAGCUGGUAGAACAAGCGUGUCUUUUAAUCAGACCUCUCAUCUGACAGCCAAUCAAUUGUCUCCCUCCCUUUUCAUGAAACACCAUUACUUCUAUGUUAAUAUGAGAACUGCUGAUAGGUGAAUACCGAGGAAGUGUUUGGUGGCAUUGAUUUUAGGUAAAUAGAAUAUAUUUAUUGCUUUGAAUGUGUAUAAAGGAAUGAUUGAAAGAAAAUAGAAUAAUUAUAUGUAUAAUAUUUCUUAAAGGUUUAGAGAGAGAAUUUCUAUGAAAGAAUAUGACCAUUGCAUCCACCCUCAGAACUUAUUUCCUUGUCACUUUAUCCCUGUUUUGUUUUUGGAUAGUGCCUCAAAUAGCUCAUUAUUCUCUACAUAGUGCCCCAUUUCUGGCCUUUAUGCCUCUGAACUAGAUUAGAACUACCCCAUAAUGCACUGCAAAGAGAAGUGUGGAAGCCAAGUAUUCUACUGUACCCAGAUGACCUAUAUAUUAUAACAUAUCACUAAAAAGUGAACAGUAUGUGUGAUCAUUUGAGACAUAUCCAUGAUUCUAUCAGUUCACAGGGAUGUUCUAUGAACAUAACCAUGAUUGUUUGGAUUCUCUGCAAUUUAGGGUCUCCUGUUGGACCAAAAAAAAAGCUACCUUGGUGAGAUUCCUUUCUCUCUCUCCCUGUCUCUGUGUGCAACUGUAUGAUGAUGAAGGGAAGACAAAGGGAUGUUAAAAAAAGGGAAUACCUGGCCAACAGAAAGAGAGGACUUGCAGGAGUUAUAACGCUGCUAUAAUCCAUUCAUUAUUUUAAAAGAAACAAAAGAGUGACAUAGAAAAAAGCACAGUAUUUUUUAUGAUUAUAUAGAAUUAUAUGGAAUUUUCUAAAAGACAUUAGGAGAAAAAUGUUCAACUCUGAAGUGUGGUUUGCCAAAAAGUAAAAAAAAAAAUAUAUAUAUAUAUAUAUUAUAUAUAAAUAUUAAUUAAUAUAAAUUAAUAUUAUCAGAUUUAUGAGGAAAUUAAGAAGCAAUAUUUUUACUGAAUGGAUCUCCUUGGUUGUGGUUUUUCCCAGUCUUAAGAUGAACUAUCAUGAUAUAUUAUCACCUGUUGAUGUUAUGAACACUGAUAGAUGGAGUGGACAGAAGACAUUUGUCCAAUCAAAAUGUACUUUAUAUACUAUCCUCUGGCCAUCACCUGCCUAUCUUGAAUAUUGUAAUUUUUGACAAUUCCAAUCACUUAGUCUGUGUAUAAUGUGUGUAUAAAUGACUGAAACGCUUUAAAUGUAUAAAUAACCUCACAGUCCGCUGGAUCGAAAACUGUCCCGAUGACACUUUUAUGCUCAACUUACGUAGACACGUACAAUAAAAGACUAGUUGUGACUGUUGACUUCACGGAAAAAACAACAUAUCACUAAGCUAAUUUAUUUGCAGAAUCAUAGAACUGAGUAGUCGUAUUAAGAUGCUAUACAAACCAUCACUGUGUGACUAUAAGGCUAUGCUACAUAAGGACUGGCAUGGCUCACUAUCAUCACUACCAUCACAACACAGUCCUUCACUUACCCAUCGGCAACUAUUUUGAUACUUUUGUUAUUUUCUCUUUUGGUUUAAUUAUUAUUAUUUAUUUUUUUCUACAUAAUUACGAAGACGUUUCCGGCUCUUUUGUGUAUAUUUGUGUUCAUGUUCUAUAUGUUGUAAUUCCGCAUAUUUAGAGUCAACUAUCUAAUUAUCAAAAUGAAAAAGAAAGAGAAGUUCCUUGUAACUGCACUCUUCCUUCCCCCCAAAUCCUCAAUACUUCUUGUAUGGCAACCAAAAGUUACUGUAAGAAAUAAAUAUAACAUUGCA